AUGGCUGAGGAAAACGCAGAUUCACCAAGACAAGCUUCCCCUGCAUCUUAUCCUGGAGUGGUAGAGGUUAUAGAGAGUGUGCAGUUGUUGAGAAAAGAGCUUGGUGAUGGAUUAAAGGACAUACACGAUAAGCUCGAUGCACAAGAUAAAAGAAUCCUAGCUGUUGAAGCAUUUGUGAAGAAUGCACAAAAUAGUGUACCUGAUAUGGAUGAUGAGUGGAGAGAUAAUGAUGUUGGUUAUGAUUUCAGUUUUGAUAGGGCUGGAAAAUAUCAAGGAGACAAUGCUGAAGCAAGUAAUAUAAAUGUUGUCAUGGAGGGGGAAGUAGCUUUGACUGAACCAGAGGGUGAUGGCAUGGAAAAAUCUGAGAAUGUGAUGGACCCGAGUGUGAUCGCUGCAGAAAGUCAAAUUGAAUCAGAGGGUGAGACUGAUGAGGUUGGUUAUGAAGAAAUUGAGCGUACUCCUAGUGUCGUGGUGAAGAGAGAAAAUCAGAAACUAAAAAUUUUAUCAUCUAAGAAGAAGAGGAUUAGAAGGACUACUUGA